UUGACCUCUGCCAUGAACGUCGACCAAUGUGCUCACGCUGUCAUGCUGCGUCACGUGGUUGUAAAAACGAAUCGGCACGCAAUUCCUUCUUAAAAGUCAGGGGACGAGACACCUGCCUAUUUUCCUCAAUAGUACGUAAUGUCAUGGAUUUUAAGCUAUACGAUAUUACAGCGAACAAGUGAAUUAUCUCACACCCCGAUAAAAAUGUUGAAUGUUGUACUUCUUGUUCACGUAAUUCAUGCUAAUGUUGGGUUUUUGAGCUGGAGCCAGAAGGAGUGAGUGCGUUGUCCAAUAAUCCCCCAGAAUGCACCACGCGGCCCAUUGACGAAGCACGGGCAACGUACACAAUGGUAGUUAACACAAUUACACUGGAGUUUCUCAUCUCCAUAAAGGUAUCUCUGGUUAUUCUUGCUCGCUUCACAACGGUGGCAAUACCAAAGAUGGUGGACGCUUUUCUUCUUUGAUUGAAAGCAAGAAUGGGACAAUUUUGGAAUAUAGCUGGACAAGCCUCUCUGGCUCUCCUCCACCCUCCCAGAGUCCCCGGGUCGUGCCUCUCCCGGUAGCACCUUAUUGUGCAGUCUGAAGGGGGUGUCUGUGCGGCUUGUCGACUGCAGGAAGACACCUGGGCAGAGUGGCCUUAAAAUACACAAGGCAACAAUGACAGGAGAGAAAUCCCACAGUUCAUCUAAUGCUGAAAAACACAAAACCCUCUCAGGAAACAGGCCUCGCUCCCAUAUCUGUGAUCACUGUGGGAAGAAUUUUACCACAGCAACCAAUCUGAAAAGACACUUACUUUAUCUGUCUGGAGAGAAACCAUACAUGUGCUCUGAAUGCGGAAAGAGAUUCACACAGGCCGGCAGUCUUAAGACACACCAGAGAACUCAUACGGGGGAGAAACCGUACAUCUGCCCUCGUUGUGGGAAGGCUUGGAGUGAUUAUGGAAACUUAAAGAGACACAUGAGAAGGCAUACUGUUAAACAACACACAGUGAAACCUCACCAUUGCUCGGAUUGUGGGAAACAAUUCAUUGUAAAAUCAAGCCUAAAACAUCACCGGCUAGUUUUUCACACAGAACACCCUCACCGUUGUGGUCAAUGUAAGAAGAGUUUCAUAACUGCAGAAAGACUGGAAUCACACAUAAAAACACGACACCCGCCAAGUGAUCCUCUGAAGAACCCACACGUGUGCUCUGAAUGUGGAAAGGGAUUCCAUCAGGCCGGCUGUCUGAAGAGACACCUGAGAACUCAUACGGGGGAGAAACCGUUCGUUUGCACUCGUUGUGGGAGGGCUUGGAGUGAUUCUGGAAACUUAAAGAGACACAUGAGAAAAACUCACCCAGGAGAAGAGAUGGUUAAGAGGCUUGACACUCAGAGGAGUGACCCUACAGGAAGUAGGGAGGAAAUUAAUGUGGAUUCAAUUAAAUUGGAGGAGCAGGGAAUGUCUCGGUCACUCCAGCUGAAAGAGGACAUCAGAAGGAUACUGGUGGAUGCUAGCGGUGCACCAAUGAGUCCCAACCGAGCCGAUGAUUAUUCUGAAGACUGUGACGAGGGACGAACUAGGUUGCCUAGCAACAGACUGGAGGCGAAAUCUGAUCUAGAGAGGCACACACCAGACCAGAGGGAGAGUGAUGUGACUACUUCCCAGUCAGAAAGUGUUUUUCUCAAACCACACUUGUGCACUAAAUGAGGUAAGGGAUUCAAAAAGGCCGGCUGUCUGAAGAGACACCUGAGAACUCAUACGGGGGAGAAACCGUUCGUCUGCCCUCGUUGUGGGAGGGCUUGGAGUGAUUCUGGAAACUUAAAGAGACACGAGAAAAACUCACCCAGGAGAAGAGAUGGUUGUUAAGAGGCUCAACACACAGAGGACUGACCCUACAGGAAGUAGGGAGGAAAUGAAUGUGGAUUCAAUUAAAUUGGAGGAGCAGGGAACAUCUUGGUCACUCCAGCUGAAAGAGGAGGAUGCUUGCGGUGCACCCGUGAGUCCCAGCCAGGCUCAUGCUGAUGAUGUAGACUGCAACGUUGAGGACAGGGAUUGGUUGCCUAGCAUCGGACUGAAGGCGGAGCCCAUGAGUCCCAUCCAAUCCGAUGAUGACUCUGCAGACCGCGAAGAAGAAUGGAACGAAGCGGGAGGUGCCCUUCGUUGUGGGAAGGCUUGGAGUUAUUAAAGAGACACAUGAAAAGAGCUCACCCACCACACAAUCAGCAUGUCCCUUAUCCCUACCCACCACACAAUCGGCAUGUCCCUUAUCCCUACCCACAUCAGACUCCAUUGUAACUUGGUUUACACCUGUCCAAUCCCUUAUAGAUGUGUUUACUACUUCAAGGAAACAAGAUGGGAAGGAUGUGAUUUUUAGGGGUGGUAUAUUUGAUGUUGUAAUUGUUUUUAAUGGAGACAGGUUAGAAGUAGAGGGGGAGACAGAUGAGCAGGGAAGACAGUGAAGAGUAGAUGCAGGGAUUGAACUUUGGUCUCCAGUGGGGAGGCUGAGGCAUACAUAGAGCAUCCAGCUGUGUUACCACAAGACUACAGGCUAUGUACAGAAGGAAGCAUUUCUAAAGUAUUGGAACACUGCCCUAGACUCAGCCUGUCCCAAAUAUCACCUUAUGCCCUAUAUAGUGCACUACUUUUGACCCCUGCCCAAUGGGGUGCCAUUUGGGAUUCAGGACUUCCCAAACCCCUACCUACCACGUGCCCUUGCUCGGCCCUCACUAGGGCUGUGGCGGUCAUGACAUUUUGUCAGCAGGUGAUUGUCAAGCAAAUAACUGCCAAGUAAAUAACUGCCGGUCUCAUUUUGACCGUUUAAUUAUCAUAAACAUGUUUAGAAUCUCCUGGCUUCCACAUUUAACCUACAAGCCACUGAUCAAAUCAAAUCAAAUGUAUUUAUAUAGCCCUUCGUACAUCAGCUGAUAUCUCAGAGUGCUGUACAGAAACCCAGCCUAAAACCCCAAACA